AUGACAACAACAACACCACCACCACCACUUGAAGAUCAUUAUAAACAGUUAAUACAAUAUUUUCUUCAUGAUGGUGCUUAUAAUGAACAUGAAUUGAUUGAUCUUUUAAAUAAUUUACGUGAUCGAUAUGAUUUAAAAAUAAAAGUUCAAAAUGAAAUUCGAACAUUUACAGAUACUUUCUUACCAUUACUUAAUAAACAUAUUAAUCAAUAUGGUAUGGAAAUAAAACAAGUUGUUAGUGAAGAAAAUGAAAAUGAUAUUUAUUUUGUAUGUAUACAAAAUUUUAAACCACAAUUUGUUAAAAUGGAUUGUUCAUAUACGGAAAAAGAAGCGGCAAUUUUUGAAAAAAUAUUAGAAUUAAUCAUUACAAAUGAUGAAAAAUGUAUAGCGUCACGUGUUGUAUUCGAAGCAAUUCUUGCUAAUGAUUUAAAAAUGACACAAAAAGAAUUUGGUGAAAUCAUGGCACGUUUUCAUCGUGAUAAAUGGAUUGAAAGUGGUCCACAUAAUACAAUUAUACUUCAUGCUCGAGCUAUAUUAGAAAUGCAAUCAUUUAUUACGGAUACAUAUCGAGAUGAUACAUAUAAUUGUCAAAUAUGUAGACGUCUUUUAAUUCGAGGAUUAGUUUGUUCAAAUAGUUCGUGUGAUGUUCAUAUGCAUCGUUCAUGUGCUGCUCGAUAUUUUCUUCGUUUAUCUAAUUCAACAAAUAAAAAAAGUGCUUAUCCAUGUCCAACAUGUAAAAAAGAAUGGAAUAAGAAUGAUGUUGAUAGUGUAUUAAAAACAACCAAAACAACGAAUGAAAAUAGUGAUCAACAACCAACUACAACAGCAGUUAAUAAAAGACAACGAACAUCAAGAAACAAUAAUAAUAGUACAAAUAAUCGAUCUGUUCGAUCAUCAGCUCGUCAAGUUAUAAGUGAAAGUGAUGAUGAUAAUUAA